AUGCUCGAAGUAGCUUGCGGACAAAGACCUCUAAAGGAAAUAGAGUUGGUUUUGAAGCUAGGUCUGCUUUGCUCGCACUAUAAUCCGGUGACUAGGCCUAGCAUGAGGCAAGUGAUGCAGUAUUUGGAUGGGGAAGCUAUCUUGCCCGAAGUAUUUACGGAUAUUGCAGGUGCUGGCAUGGCUGCAUUAUUUGGGAAUGAAAUUUCAAAUGAAUUUGCAAUGACAUUCCCUCCAUCAUCCUCGGGGAGUGUUUCUGCUAACACCAUGUCUGUUACUGAAUCACUCCUUAGCGUGGGACGUUAA